CUGCGCAUUUUAGCAACAAAGCACAUUCAAUGUUCAUAAAUGGAGCGCGAUUUUGAAUGGAAUGUAGGUACAAUAAAGGUGAAAGAGCAGAAGAGGAAAACAAAAAGGCGCGGAAAUUUCUAGGGUUUUGAGUUCGGGAGUUGCAGGUUGAAGAGACAAAAAUGGUGAAUCCAAGAUGUUUUAUGGAUGUUAGUAUAGGAGGUGAAGUUGAAGGAAGGAUAGUGGUGGAGCUGUACAGUGACAUUGUUCCUAAAACUGCUGAAAAUUUUAGAGCUCUUUGUACUGGUGAGAAAGGAAUUGGACCUAAUACUGGUGUUCCUCUCCAUUUUAAGGGUAAUUGCUUUCAUCGUGUUGUUAAAGGUUUUAUGGUCCAAGGAGGAGAUAUAUCUGCUAGAAAUGGUACAGGGGGUGAAUCUAUCUACGGUUUGAAGUUUGAUGAUGAAAAUUUUGAAAUGAAACAUGAAAGAAAAGGAAUUUUGUCCAUGGCUAAUUCCGGACCUAACACAAAUGGGUCUCAGUUCUUUAUAACUACUACUCGAGCUCCUCAUCUCGAUGAUAAACAUGUUGUAUUUGGGAAGGUAGUUAAAGGUAUGGGAGUUGUUCGUUCCAUUGAGCAUGUUUAUACUGCUGAUAGUGAUUCUCCUACACUUGACUGUAUAAUUGAGGAUUGUGGAGAAAUUCCGGAAGGGGCGGAUGAUGGAAGUCUUAACUUUUUCAAUGAUGGUGAUACUUAUCCGGAUUGGCCCAUUGAUCUUGAUGAGAAGCCAAAUGAGAUUUCAUGGUGGAUAAGUGCUGUAGAUUCUGCUAAGUCAUUUGGAAAUGAGCACUACAAGAAGCAAGACUACAAGAUGGCUCUUAAAAAAUAUCGAAAAGGCUUGCGCUAUUUGGACAUCUGCUGGGAUAAAGAAGAUAUUGAUGAAGAGAAGAGUGCAUAUCUAAGGAAGGCAAAGUCACAGAUUUUCACAAAUAGUUCUGCUUGCAAGCUGAAAUUAGGGGAUCUGGAAGGGGCAUUGUUGGACACUGAUUUUGCUUUGCGAGAUGGAGAACCAAAUGUAAAAGCUCUAUUUCGGCAAGGCCAGGCAAAUAUGGCUCUGAAUGCUAUUGAUGCCGCAGUUGACAGCUUUAAGAAGGCAUUAGAGUUGGAGCCAAAUGAUGGUGCAAUAAAGAAGGAGCUUGCUGUUGCGAAAAAGAGGAUUGCUGAUAGACGCGAUCAGGAGAAAAAAGCUUUCUCCAAAAUGUUUGGAUAGUGUGUACCCACAUCCAGGUUCCUACCAAGGGGUGCUGAGGGGCUGCAGAGGUACCAGGUCCCUUUUUCUUUCAGGUUCCUGCCAAGGGGUGCUGAGGGGCUGCAGAGGUACCAGGUCUCUUGAACAAGCGAAAAACAUCACAACACUAUGUUGAACCAAAUUUUGUUCUGAACAUUAUCUUUUGAGGGAGUUAGUUGUUUUUGUUUUGACCAGCAUCUCAUUGCUGAAUGGGAUGACUAUAAAGCUGAACGAGUUUUAUUUUAUAGAAGCAAACACUUUUAUCUUUUCAAUUGCUGUAGGGAUAACAAGAAAUGUCAAUUGCCUUGUACCCCUCUCACCGUCUCUCUAAUACACACCUUCACUUCAAUGCUUGGCAUAUACCUUGAGAUGAAAUCUGAGAGCAGACGAAAGGU